AUGAAUGAGAUGGAUGACAAAAUGGAAACCCUAGAAACAGCACAAACCACAACGAACCAUCCAAAAAAACCACUGGUUAUUCACUCAGAACCAUCGAGCCCAGUCACACCAUUAAUGUGUCAAUUUACCCCCUUUAAUAACCAAAGACCUGGAAACGUUAAUGCUUUAGAAAACCCACCCUUCCCAGCAAAAUCUGAUGGAUCAACUAACGAAACCACACAAACACACGUAAACUCAAAGAACCCAACAGACAGUAAUAUCUCUCAACAUGCCCUAGUUUGCAAUGAUAACGGCUCAAUGGAAGUUGACCUUUGCAUCACCCAAGAAGUUGUCAAAACCUCAUUAAUUAAUGACAACAAAAUUCAAACCACCAAAGACACGGAACAAUCAGCGGUCGAUAUUCACAUCACUCUCAACAAUCAUAGUACAAAUCAAAACAACUCCUUAGAAAAUGUCAACUCACCAAACUCUAACAACCUUGUCCUUCAUAUACUAGAAAACUAUGCAGAACAAGGGAAAAAUGAACCCUGCUACUUAAACUCACUGCCUAGUAACAACAACAGCACAAACAAAGCAAAGGAAAACCUAGGCAAAGACCACAAAGAACUCACAAAAGAUGCCAAGACUACCCACCAACAGCUUCUACAGGAGGCAUCAAAGGAAUCACGGGAGAAAUGUGUGGACACGCGAACAAUACCAAGGAACUCAGCAGCUGAACAACCAAGCAUUGAGGCAGGGUCAUCCAAUAGUGUAUGCAACUCCGUCUUUAGCUGCAAACCACGUCCCACUUUCAUGGCUGGAAUACGGCCUAACGGGGUUCUCACUGAACAUGAAUCUACACCUAGAAGGCAGGGACAUCAUUAUACAAAUAGAGAAUCCGAGUUACCUAGCCCAAAUUGUAACGGAGGGACUAAGGAUAGGGCUGGACAAUGUAGCCAACAGCCCCAAAUAAAUCCACCACACCCAGCCAUGGGAGCUCACCCAUCCCCAUGGAGUCGUCAACAGAGGAACACCCCAAGCACUCCAAUACCCCUUAGCAUGAAUCUACCCCUCUUCCACAACAACCCUCAGCACAACCAACCACCACACAUACACUACUCAAACACACAACAAAACCAGGGAACUACCACAUCACCCAAUCAACCAAUGCAGCAGACGGACAAGGAUAAAGAUGAGGAAGGGUCAUCAACAGCAUAA